GUGGAUUUCCAGCUUCAGGAAAUUGGCAGCUUACCUGUUCUUGAUGGGGUUGCACUUUCCCUGAAGGAACAGGUAUGUAGCUUGGAUGUGCACAUUGUACAUUUAAAGCACUCUUAUACCACUUAUUACUUAAUUGGUUUUAAUUGGUUACUUUUUUCCCUGUUUCCUGCCUAUAUUUUUAGCUGUUUCUGUUUCAGUUGUAAGCCACCUAGAGUCCUCAUCAGGGAAAAAGACAGGAUAUAAAUAUUGGAAGAAGAAGAAGAAGAAGAAGAAAAAGAAGAAGUAGAGGAGGAGGAGCUUUUUCUGGGGGGGACACAGGUGUACACAUACCCCUAAACAUUUUGUGAAUCUAAGUUUGGCCUCAUUAAAGUGCAGAAUUUCAAUAUGAGUAGGAAAAUGAGAGUAUCUUUAAACAUUAUUAUUUUUUUAGAAAAAAGCACUAAUAAUAAUAAUAUUAAUAAUAAUGCCUCCCCCAAAAGAAUCUGGGGAACUGUAGCUUGUGAAAAGUGCCGACCUCUUACAGCCGCUAUUCCAGGCACCCUUAACAAACUACAGUUCCCAAGAUUCCCUCGGUUGUCUUUUCUCUUGGGUGACGUUUAUAAGACAUUUUCGAAAUAGUGAUUUGUAAAUGGGGAAGCGUGAAACUAUAUAUAUCAUCAAAAAAUUGCCAGGAAGGGAAGCUUCUUUCUUGCGGUGAAAGCAUUUGUUUUCAUAGAAUCACAGAACUAUAGAGUUGGAAGGGAGCUCAGGAGUUCUCUAGCAUAACCCCCUGCAAUGCAGGAAUCUGAGCUGAAGCGUUCAAGACAGGUGGCCGUCCAACCUCUGCUUAAAAGCCUCCCAGGAAGGAGAGUCCACAGCCUCCCGAGGGAGACCAUUCCACUGUCCAACAGCUCUUGCUAUCAGAAAGACUUAACAAAUUUAUUGUGCCACUUCAAGUCUACUUCGUCAGAUGCACGGGGUGAGACCUUAGUUGCUAGGCAUGUAGAAGAAGAAGAAGAAGAGUUUGGAUUUGAUAUCCCGCUUUAUCACUACCCGAAGGAGUCUCCAAGCGGCUCACAUUCUCCUUUCCCUUCCUCCCCCACAACAAACACUCUGUGAGGUGAGUGGGGCUGAGAGACUUCAGAGAAGUGUGACUGGCCCAAGGUCACCCAGCAGCUGCAUGUGGAGGAGCGGGGAAGCAAACCCGGUUCACCAGAUUACGAGUCUACUGGUCUUAACCAAACUGUCCGUGUCAGAUGAUGAUGAUUGACUUGGACUGGGUGGAAUUGGCCUGGCCUGAAUCUCUGCUCUCCUAUUUCCCAUGAGCAGCUGUCCAACAAGAGGUCACCAUGGAGUCAAAAGUAACCCAAGGAACACUGUCUGGAAACAAAGGGAUUGCCGGGCUACCUUUUCCUGUGCAUUUAUGAUCUAUCUCGAACAGGCACAACCUAUCACUCUGACCACAGUUCCUAGGUUUAAUUUGUAAUAACAAAUUUAAGGUCUUAUAUAUAUAUUAUAAAUGUUCAUAAAUGCACCAACCAAGCACAUACAUAGAUAGGUGGACUACAUGUCGGGAGCAGCACAGGAAGACCGCCCUGAAACCAUUUUGACUCCCAAACUGACCAAAUGUUUUCUCUGCAAAGAGGGAGGGGGCGAGGGAACCUUCCCAUUGUCUCAGGAAUUGGGAAAUCACCAUCUCAAAGAAGUGGCCAGACUACCAGGAAAGGCAAUCAGAUAAGGCAUUAUCAGAUAACCUGGCAGACAGGAAAAACAACAACGUUCAAAUUUCUGUUGUAGACCGCCUUUUCUGUGAUGUGGGUGUGAUGUUUGUGGGGGGUGGUCUUGGGUUACACCCCUUCUGUGAUGUAGGUAUGAUGUAUGGAGGGGUGGUCUUGAGCUCCAGGCAAGGGAAUUUAAAAUGUCUAUAUAAGGGGCAGGCACACCUUUGUUCUGGGUCCUCCUCCUUUCCUGCGUGUGAGGGGAUUACCCUGUUGCAACAGUUCAAUAAAGAUCAGGCUUACUAGCUGUUUUGCUUCUCAGUAUUCUCUGGUUGGCCUCUGUUAUUUUCUCCCACCGAUGGAGAACCUACAAAGGACUCUAUAAAAGGCUCUUGCAUAUAAGGGAAUAAGGGCAGAUUUUAUUUACAACAAUUCCUGGAUAUCAGGCAGAUUGAUUGGCUAAGGUGGGCAUCUGGGGCUCAGCCCGGACACUGAGGUCCAGCUCUGAGGGCCUUCUGGUGGUUCCCUCCCUGCAAGAAGUGAGGUUACAGGGAACCAGGCAGAGGGCCUUCUCAGUGGUGGCGCCCGCCCUAUGGAACACCCUUCCAUCAGAAGCCAAGGAAAUAAACAACUAUCUGACUUUCAGAAGACAUCUGAUGACAGCCCUGUUUGGGGAAGUUUUUAAUGUUUGAUGUUCUAUCGUGCUUUUAAUGUUGUGUUGGGAGCCGCCCAGAGCGGCUGGGGAAACCCAACCAGAUGAAUGGGGUAUAAAUGAUAAUUGCUAUUACUCAGUGAUUAGCUGCUUUGAAGGGAUGCAGGGGAAUCACUUGCAUUGCUGCCACACUUUAUGAAUUGUCCCUGGGGAUUGUCCCUUCCUCUGAGGCAGACCGAGGGGGGGGGCGCUUGGGGGUGAUGUCAUGAAAGGGCAGGAAAUUGUUCCGCAUUUAAUCUUAUGAUGGUAGCGUAAUAACUGCAAAGGAAGAAGCAGAGAGAGGAACUUGCGGGCUUUUCUGCCUCAGGCACCAAAAGAGCUUGUGACCCACUUUGCGCACCUUGGUUUGGGGUGGAGAGCAAGACUGGAUGCUGCUGUUUGGGUACCAAAAAGGUUUGGACCCGAUGGCAGAAGGGGUGCGAGGAAAAAGAAGAGGAAGGGAAGAUCAGGAGGAAAAGAGAUGUUCUGAGAAGUCUCAAACAGUGGGUGAGAAAAGAAAUUGUAAACAACAGUGGGUAUUUGUUCAACGAUUAUAUUUUUUCAAAGAAAAGUUUCAGAUGAAAUAAGACUUUGGGUUAGCAAGAGCAUGAGCUCCUCACUUUGCCUUUGGCUGGAGGGGAUCUACCUUAGAUUCCCCCACUGAUUUCCACGCGGGGCAGCUCCCCCUUUUGCACCGGGGAGCUUACAUGGUGGGGGCGUAGGGAGGGGGAGAGGCAGCGAUCUACCGUAUUUUUUGCACCAUAACACUCACUUUUUUCCUCCUAGAAAGUAAGGGGAAAUGUCUGUGCGUGUUAUGGAGCGAAUGCCUACAGAUGGCGGGGGAAUCUGCUGCAGUCGUGAGCAGAGGAUCCAUGGUUCCCCUUCCUUCCCUCCUCCGUGGCUCGCUUUGAAACAGCAAAGCGGGAGAAGAGCCGCUGAGUGGGGAGGAGAGAGGGACAGAGAGCCUGCUUGCUUUAAAGGAGCAAAGCGGGAGAGGAGAGGAGCCUUCUCCUCUUAUACCCCUCUUCUGCAUUGUUAACAGCAUCCUUCUCCACCCACCCCACGCGUGUUCCUUGUCCCUUGAGUGCUUUUCCUUCCCUCCCCACUUAAAACGUGGUUACAGAGCACGGAUCCACAUGGAUCCUCAGGAUUUUUGCACUGGGUCACCCCAAAUUCACCAUCAGAUCACAUACCAUGUCCAUGGCUACAGCUUGCACCAAAAAAAUCACGCACCCACUGUUGCCUGGGGCCGCAGUGGUGCAAAAACGUGGUUACAAAGCAUGGAUCCACAUGGAUCCUCAGGAUUUUUGCAUUGGGCUACCCCAAACUCACCGUCAGGUCACAUGUCUGUGGCCACAGCAUGAACCACAAAAAUCAUACAUCCGCUGUUUCAUUUAGAAUAUUUCUUUUCUUGUUUUCCUCCUCUAAAAACUAUGUGCAUGUUAUGGUCGGGUGCGUGUUAUAGAGCGAAAAAUACGGUAUUUUAGAGAACUCUGUCCAAAGCUCUUCCACUUCGGGGCGCUCUCCAGGCGCCCGAUUGGCUGAGAGGGGAGCACAGCGCGCGGCGAGUGUACGCGCCCGGCCAAGCCCUUGCUCCGGGACCCAAUGGCUGCUUUCGGAGGAAGGGGACCAAGGGGGCGGCUGGUGGGGAAGGCGCGUGCGCACUCCGCCGCCUCUGCCUCUGCUGCAAGACAACAGGCCGGAGGAGAGUUUUGAAAGCUGCGCUUUGCAAAAUGAUGGUGAGAUAGUACAAAGGGGCCAAAGUGUGGCCGUGGAUGUGCGUGAUAGAGUCCUGUUUUAAAGCCCCAGGAAGCGCGCUGUGAUGGUCUCUCUCUAUCUCUCUGGUUCUCUGCUCCUCUUGAUUUUACGCGCGCGCGCAAAACGAUUAAACGAUUGGCAUCAAUGUCCUCCUGAAUCUCUGCCCUAUACAGUGGUACCUCGGGUUACAUAUGCUUCAGGUUACAGAUGCUUCAGGUUACAGACUCCGCUAACCCAGAAAUAGUACCUCAGGUUAAGAACUUUGCUUCAGGAUGAAGCCUUGUGGCGGAUACCAUGAAAUGCUCCUGCAACCCCAAAGCACCCAUUUGUAUAGCACUGCUGAUUCCUAAACUGGAAAGUUGCAACUUGUGGUUGUGGUGACAUGAGGUGAGCCAGACCCUACCUUAAAUUGAGCAGGGGCGGUUGUGAAAACUCAAUUGGGGGUCUCUGGGGUGAUGGUAAGGUAAAGGUAAAGGGACCCCUGACCAUUAGGUCCAGUCGUGACCGACUCUGGGGUUGUGGCGCUCAUCUCACUUUAUUGGCCGAGGGAGCCAGCGUACAGCUUCUGGGUCAUGUGGCCAGCAUGACUAAGCCGCUUCUGGAGAACCAGAGCAGUGCAUGGAAACGCCAUUUACAUUUCCGCCGGAGUGGUACCUAUUGAUCUACUUGCACUUUGACAUGCUUUCAAACUGCUAGGUUGGCAGGAGCAGGGACCAAGCAACGGGAGCUCACCCCGUCGCGGGGAUUCGAACCGCCGACCUUCUGAUCAGCAAGUCCUAGGCUCUCUGGUUUAACCCAGAGUGCCACCCGCGUCCCUGGGGGUGAUGGUGGGUGCUCUCUAUUCAAUGUCUGGGGCUGAAUCUAUUGAUAGGGGUUCCAGGGUUGUGGAGACUGAGAACAUUCUUAUGGGAAUGUUGUGGAUAGUAGCAGAGGAUAUAUUGAUUAAAUAUUAUUCUUCCAUAGCUAGUGAGUCAGUAGCAGGGUACAUUCCCCAGUGUAUUGCAGGAAGCUAGUUGGUAGACAGUGUUCUCGAAGCUACGAACAUGUGUUUGACCAAACUGCGGGAGGCAGUGGAGGACAGGAGUGCCUGGCGUGCUCUGGUCCAUGGGGUCACGAAGAGACAGACACGACUAAACGACUAAACAACAACAAAGUUGGUAGACUCGUUUGAAUCUCUUGAGUUAAGCAAUCCAGUCUGGCUUAUCCAGAUGGGGUUAUUCCUGGUAAAUUCCCCUUUAAUCCCUCCAAAAGGAAUAAAGACACAUCAGUCUUCUUUAAAAGCACUGUAAUGAUAAGAAGUUUACUUACCUUCAGUUCACAGUAGGUUCCCUGAAGGCAGGCUUUUAGCUUGUAGUGACAAAAAAGAGUUUAAGUUCAUCCCAUAUGGGGAUUGAUCCCAUGUCUCACAGGGUCACACCAAUCUACCUGAUCACAUGCAGGGGGAGGACGCUCCAGACCAGGUGUGACAGGAAGUCCUCCUGGCUGGAGUAACAUCCACCUGUGUGUCCACUCUGGGCAAACAGGAAAUGUACUUGAUUGCUUAUGUUGCUUCCUUGCAGGGUCUGGUGACCUUUGAAGAUGUGGCUGUGUAUUUCAGAGAAAGCCGGGGUGCCCUGCUGGACCCAGACCAAAGGAUUUUGUAUAAAGAUGUCAUGAUGGAGAAUUACGGGAAUGUGGCCUCAUUCGGUAAGGAACUUGACUUGACGUUCUGUAAGAACAUGAAGGGUAGGUAUCGCCUCUCCAUCACUGGACAAAUAAGGAGUCUGUAUUAAUUUAGAUUUCUUCAGUAAUUCCUCCCCCCUCUUCCUAACUUAUUAAACCUAGGUGAGUUGCAUGAUAUACUUAAAAAGGUAAAGGGACCCCUGACAGUUAAGUCCAGUCGCAAACGACUCUGGGGUUGUGGCGCUCAUCUUGCUUUAUUGGCCGAGGGAGCUGGCGUUUGUCUGCAGGCAGCUUCCGGGUCAUGUGGCCAGCAUGACUAAGCCGCUUUUGGUGAACCAGAGCAGCGCACGGAAACGCCGUUUACCUUCCCACUGGAGCGGUACCUAUUUAUCUACUUGCACUUUGACGUGCUUUUGAACUGCUAGGUUGGCAGGAGCAGGAACCGAGCAAUGGGAGCUCACCCCAUCGUGGGGAUUCGAACCGCCGACCUCGGCAAGUCCUAGGCUCUGUGGUUUAACCCACAGCGCCACUUUCACUAUAAUCUAUGGCAGGCUAGGCUGAUGGAAGACCUAGGUGGGUAUCAGGAAUGUUGUCCUAACCAUAAUUCUGACAAUAAAUCAUGGCAUCGAUGGGUUCCUUCUCAAGAGGAUUAUUAUGACUACUAAUCUCAUUCUAUUUAUUAUAAUUUAUCACCUGCUCUUCCCCUUAGGGUGGGUUAACAUUAAAACGCAAUAUGAUCUUACACCUUAAUAACUUGAUUAUACAGUGGAACCUCUACUCACGACCACAAUCCAUUCUGAAGGCCUGUCCUUAUGGUGAAACGGGUCGCUGGGAGAGGCGCCAUUGUGCGCAGGCUUGGGCGGUGAUUGCCCACUUCUGUGCAUGCGCGAACGGUGGCAAACCCACCGGUUAUUUCCAGGUUUGCUGUGGACGCAACUUGGAACGUCCGCGAGUAGAGGCGGUUGUAAGUAGAGUUUCUACUGUGUACUAUUGCUGUACAGUGGUACCUUGGGUUAAGAACUAAAUUCGUUCUGGAGGUCUGUUCUUAACCUGAAACUGUUCUUAACCUGAAGCACCACUUUAGCUAAUGGGGCCUCCCGCUGCGCUCCUGGAGCACAAUUUCUGUUCUCAUCCUGAAGCAAAGUUCUUAACCCGAGGUUCUAUUUCUGGGUUUGCGGCGUCUGUAACCUGAAGCAUCUGUAACCCGAGGUACCACUGUACUGUGUAUUUUGGGUCUAUGGACCGCAAUAAAGCUGUGUGUGUGUGUGCGUGUGUGUGUGUGCACGCAUUCAAUAUGAAAACAGUUUAAAACAACUUAGGAUCACAGAAAUAAAGAUGGUUGUACAAAUACGCACCUCAUGUGUCAAAAACCAGGGUAAAGAGGUUCAGCGUUUGUUGGAAAUUGCAUAAUGAAAGUCCCUUUUAGUGGCCACAGGGUAAGUCUGAUCACAUUCUAUGUUCUCUUCUUUUCUGGGAAGGGUUUCCGUUUGCCAAGCCUGAUCUCAUCUGCCUGCUAGAAGGAGGGGAAGAGCCGUGGAUUCGGGAUGAACAUGGCUUGGACGAAAUUGAGAAUUCCGCAGCCAACUCAGGUGAGGGGCCCUGGCAAACCAGCUCAUGAAAUACCCUUUCCUGAUUUCUUCUGACUCUGAUCCUUCCCCUUUUAAAAUCUUGGGAAUAUCCUCUAUGCAUCAGUCAGUUCCUUCUGGAGGAAGAGUUGCCUUUCUGGGAUUAAACCCACCACAACCCCACUGCUUUAUUCGCUCUUGUAUACCUGGCUCCCCCCCCCCUUUUUUUAAGUGACCGAAAUCGUUAAAUGGUUUAGUUAAGCUGUCUUGAAGAGAAACUGCUGGGGGGGGAGGGAGAGCAAGUCCAUAGUUGCUGUGAUUGGAGUAAUCAAACUACGUUACAGAUAACACAGUGCUAUUUUUCUAGAAAAAGGUGCCAGAACUCACCAUGUCUUAUAAUGGCAAUGGCACCCGCCUGAGAGGUGCUGGAACUGAGUUCUGGUAUUUAUAUAUACAGUUGUAUCUUGGAAGUCGAAUGGAAUCUGUUCCGGAAGUCCGUUCAACUUCCAAAACGUUAAGAAACCAAAGGUGUAACCAAAGCUCCUGCAGCCAAUCAGAAGCCGCGCCGGACGUUCAUCUUCCAAAAAUGGUUAGAAAACUGGAACACUCACUUCUGGGUUUCAAUCGUUUGGGAGCUGAUUUGUUCAGGAGUCAAGGCGUUUGAGAUCCAAGAUAUGACUCUGUGUCUCUCUCUCUCUCUCUGUGUAUACAGUCAUACCUUGUGUUGCAUCCGCUUCAUGUUGUGUCUUUUCGCAAUACGUCCCGCGGCAACCUGGAAGUACCGGAACGGGUUACUUUCAGGUUUUGCGCUCGCACAUGCGCAGAAGCACUAAAUCGCACUUCAUGCAUGUGCAGAAGUGCCAAAUCGCGCCGUGCACCUGCGCAGACACACCACUUUAGAGUUGUGGGCAUUUCACAUUUCCCCCUUCAACCUUCUUCUCAGGUUUCCGUCUCUCCAGUCCUCUAAAGUACAUCUUUUUAAUUUCUCAUUUGCCCUUUAUCCCUGCAGGUGAGUGUUGGAAACUGGUCCUGUCUGACGUGCAAGGGACACACCUUACUCAGAAAUCGAACCUUGAUGAGCACGAAUGGUUCCAUGCCCGUGAAAGAGCUUACACGUGCUUGCAAUGCGGGGAAUGUUUUGCUUGGAAAUCAAAGCUUGCGAGGCACCAAACAGUCCAUACAGGGGAUAAGCCUUAUAGAUGCUUGGAAUGCGGAAGGCUUUGUGGAAUGCGGAAGGCGUUGUGGCCAGAAAUCCCAUUUCCCGAACCACCAGAAAGUCCUUACUGGGGGGAAGGCUCACAAAUGCUUGGAUUGUGGGAAAGGCUUUGUUCAGAAAUCGCAUCUUGAGAACCACCGGCGAGCACAAAAAGGAGAGAAACUGUUUACAUGCUUGGUGUGUGGAAAGGGUUUCGCUCGGAAAUCAAAUCUCAUGACGCACCUGAGAGUCCAUACAGGAGAGAAACUGUACGAAUGUUUGGAGUGCGGGAAGGGUUUCUCUGCAAAAUCUAGUUUCGUAGACCACCAGAGAGUCCACACAGGGCAGAAACCGUACGCCUGCACCAAGUGUGGAAAACGCUUUGCCUACAGAUCACUACUUGCGACGCACCAGAGGGUCCACACAGGAGAGAAACCCUAUCAGUGUACGGAGUGUGGGAAACGUUUUUCCGAUUCUUCCUCCUUUGCGAGGCACCGGCAAGUCCACAAAAGGAGCGAAACCCCAUAAAUGCGCAGAGUGUGGGAAAUGUUUCGCUCGGAAAUCGAAGCUUGUGGAGCACGCGAGAGUCCACACGGGAGAGAAACAGUAUAAAUGCUUGGAGUGUGAGAAGGCUUUUUCUUUGAAAUCCACUCUCGCGGACCAUCAAAAAGUCCACACGGGGGAGAAACCGUACGAAUGUUUGGAGUGUGGGAAAUGUUUCACCGCUUCCACGACCUUCGUGAGACAUCGUAGAAUCCAUAUGGGACAGAAACCGUACGAUUGCUUGGAGUGCGGAAUGCGCUUCGCUCGGAACUCCAAUCUCACGAUACACCAGAAUGUCCACACAGGAAACAAACCAUACGAAUGUUUGGCUUGUGGGAAAUGUUUUGCUCAGAAAUCGCAUCUUGCGAGGCAUGAGAGAGUCCACACGGGAGAGAAGCCCUAUAAAUGCUCAGCGUGUGGGAAGUGCUAUGCUCAGAAAUCUCAUCUCGUGGUACACCAGCGAGUCCAUGCAGUAGAGGUUCCUUACAAAUGUCUGGAUUGUGGGCAGUGUUUUGCCAACCCUGAAGGCUUUGCAAAACACCAGAGGGAGCACACACUGGCCUCAGGAAAAGUUGGGACAAGCUGGUACAUCGCUGUUCAAAUUGAGUAAGGCAUUCUGCCAGUCAGUGCAGUGAUGUUGAGGUCAUGGCCGCCAUUCAGUCUGUUCUACUCAGAUAUUCAAUAUCAGUGGGGAGUUAUUUUGGAGGGGGCAGCAAGGAAAUAUCUGUAUGAACAAAGAGAGGGGCAUGGCAGCAUUGAGAAAGCAUCUCAAAGCACGCGAUCUGCUUAUUACAAAUUGUGUCAUUUUCAGAAACGAGAAACGGGAGCUCAAUUCCACAGUACUGGUCAGAAUUCCUAGAUCUGUGUGAGAUCUGGCUGGAUAUUCCACAGCAGAGAUGAAGGACCUGUAACCCUCCAGAUGUUGAAUCCCAGCUCCCAUCAGCCUCAACCAGGUUGACCAACGAUCAGGCAUGAUGGGAAUUGUAGUCUCAGAUAACAUCUGAACGGCAGAGGUUCUUCAUCCCUCCUCUGCAGUAAUUUUACCAAUAUUUUGCCACUGGCCUGAGAGGAAGGUUAUGGAAUUGGUUUGGGGAGAGGGAGGGUAGUCAAGAUGAGAAAAGAGACUUUCUCCUAACUGUAUAACAAUAAAUUCCUUCAUUUACGGUUGUGGGACAGGAAUUAAUCGAGGUGUAGUGCGAUCUGGUAGAUUUGAGGGACGGAAGUCAAAAUAAUCUCCUUGUAACCGUAUAACAAUAAAGCCUUAAAUGCCAUUAAUUUGUUUUAAAAAAAGUUCUCUGAGGGGUUCUUUUUUUUAAAAAAAGUGUACAUUAUUUUCUGAAUAUUAAGUGGUAACAUAACUCCUCUCUACAAAAAGUGUUUCUGAGGUAUUUUCUCAGACUGGUGUGACAUCUUUUUUUGCGUCUGUGGGACUGAACUGAGAUGGAGACUCUCUGGCCCACAAGCAAGGCGGGACACACCAGACACCCCUAUUUUGCCCUUACUUUCUUUUAACCCCAAGUGCUCAGGAAAAUCUGUCAAAAUCCUCAGUCAUUUGAAAACUAGGAAGUUAUUUUUUUUAAGUACAGUCAAAGGCGACUAUGGGGUUGUGGCGCUCAUCUCGCUUUCCAGGCCGGGGGAGCCAGCAUUUGUCCACAGACAGAUUUCCGGGUCAUGUGGCCAGCAGGACUAAACUGCUUCUGGUGCAAUGGAGCACUGUGACAGAAACCAGAGCGCACGGAAACACCAUUUGCCUUCCCACCACAGAGGUACCUAUUUAUCUCCUUGCACUGGCGUGCUUUCAACCUGCUAGGAGCUGGGACAGAGCAACGGGAGCUCACCCUGUCGCGGGGAUUCGAACCACCAACCUUCCGAUCGGCAAGCCCAGGAGUCUGAGUGGUUUAGACCACAGCAUCCCUAGUUAUUGCAUUCACAAGCCCCACAAAUAACUCAGAGGUGCAUUUUAAAUAAAAGCACACAUUCUACUCAUGUAAAAACAAGCUGAUUCCCAGACCGUCUGCGGGCCGGAUUUAGAAGGCGAUUGGACCGGAUCUGGCCCCCGGGCCUUAGUUUACCUACCCAUGGACUGGGGCGACCAAGGUUUGAAUCCCACCCCCCUAUCUCAGCCAUGCAGUUUCAGUGAGUGAACUUGAGCCAGGCGCACUCUUUAACCGCCUCACCUCGCAGGGUUUUUGUUUUCCCACAGAUGGGCGCAGACAAACGAUAUACGCAGCCUCAAGCUCUUUGGAGGAAAGGCCCAGAUAUAAAUGUAAUAAAUAAAUGAGGAAAAGAGUGCUUGUUGCCGCAGACAAGGUUGCCAACUAACAUGAUAAUAGAUGUUGAAACAUCUCUUACCAGUAAUAACUAAACGGAACUUACAUGUAUUAUUAUUGAUCAUAGUCGGGGGAGUGGUGCAGGAAAAACAACUUACCCCUUAACUUAAAGAAAACAAAAGAGAUUUUUGUGGACUUUAGGAAAUGUAAAUUGAAUAUUCAGCCACUUAUUAUUGAGGGGAAGUGCGUGGAACAGGUCUCAGUGUUUCAAUUUCUGGGAAUGAAGUUGAGAGAUGACCUAACCUGGGGAGAAAACAGCAAAGACCUGAUGAAGAGAGCACAGCAGAGGUUAUAUUUUCUGAGAAUCCUCCGGAAAAACAAUCUCUCAAAGGACCUGUUGAUGACAUUUUACCACUGUACUGUGGAGAGUGUAUUAACUUAUGGUCUCUGUGUGUGGUUUGGGAGCUGCACGGCCAGGGAAAAAACAACGCUGUCCAGGGUUGUAAAGACUGCGGAGAGAAUAAUUGGGUGCACUCUUCCCACCUUGAAUCAAAUCUACGCUUCCAGGUGCCAUAAGAAAGCUGCAGAGAUAGUGCAGGAUAGUGCGCACCCUGGAAAUGAUCUCUUUCAGCUUCUGCCUUCUGGAAGAAGGUACAGGGUUAUUAAGAUUAGGACUAGCCGUCUGAGAAACAGUUUCUAUCCAAAUGCAAUUUUGAUUUUAAACGCUGUGUAAGGAGUCUCUAUGGGAGUAUGUUGUAUUUAAAAAUGGGGUAUCAGAGUUUUUAGGGGGCUAAACAGGCUGGGAUAGCUGGGAUAGCAGGCUUGUUGGUUUUUUAAUGUCUUAUGUAGAAUUUUUUCAAUUUUGUUGUUCUGUAUGGGACAAUGACAAUAAAGAGUAUUGUAUUGUAUUGUAUCAUAUCGUAUCGUAAUAUACAGAAGAAGCCGGUGUGUUAUAGAGGUUAAGAGCCCUGCACAAGGCCCUGGGAGACCUGGGUUCAAAUCCCCAACCAGCCCUGACCAGUCUCUCAGAAGCCUAACCUGACUUCGCAGGGCUGUUGUGAAGAUCAAAUGGGGAAGGGGAGAACCACGCAUGCUGCACUGAGCUCCUUGGUAGAGGAGUGGCUUGAGAAUGCAGUAACUAGGGAUGCGGGUGGCGCUGUGGUCUAAACCACUCAGACUCUUGGGCUUGCCGAUCGGAAGGUUGGUGGUUCGAAUCCCCGCGAUGGGGUGAGCUCCCUUGCUCUGUCUCAGCUCCUGCCAACCUAGCAGUUUGAAAGCACGCCAGUGCAAGGAGAUAAAUAGGUACCUCUAUGGUAGGAAGGUAAACGGCGCUUCUGCGCUCUGGUUUCUGUCACUGCUCUGUUGCGCCAGAAGCAGUUUAGUCCUGCUGGUCACAUGACCCAGAAAGCUGUCUGUGGACAAAUGCCGGCUCCCUCAGCUUGAAAGUCCAGUCACCUUUGACUGGACUUAACCGUCCAGGGGUCCUUUACCUUUUUCUUUUUUUACCUAAAUGCAAUAAUUAUAUAUUUACACAUACACCCCCCCCCAUUAUUGGAGUAACUAGACAUGAGAAGGGGUUAAUGUGCAAGUGCAAAUCACUCCACGUAUGAGCUCACUGCACGUGCAAGGUCAACCAGUUGCUAUGGCAAUGGCCCAGCGCUUUGCCUAUAUCUGUGAUGAAUAUAGCUCAGCUUAGUUUGUGCGCCGUCAUCCUUAUGUAGAGUGCGCUGGUCUUGAAUUGCUGGAGUUCAUUUGGAACAACCGGGAUCCGUUGCCAACCCGACAAGCUGUAGCUUUAUCUACGCACUGUUUUGCUGAGCCUUCUCUUCUGCAGCAACAGCUGAGUGGGACGGGGAGCAACUUUCCCCUGCGUGGAAAUGCAUGUCUCCUAUCAGAUCCCACCGAUCACCCCCAAGGUCAGAGCAGUGCGUGCGAUGAUGCCAUAAGUCUCGCCCGCGCGCUCUCCGAGAUCAGGGUCUAUUUGCGCGACUCUCUUUCCUCCGUCCGGCGACGCCUGGAGCACCUCGGAGAGGGGCAAGAGAGGCGGGUCCCAGCCUCCCAUCCGAUCCCUUCGCGCUCCUCCAAGGUCCGCUCUCCUCCAGCUUGCGCGAGUGCGCAGGGAGGGCGCGCAAGGCUACCUUUGCCUGGGGUCGUCUCCGCCAGCUUUGGGUGAGUAGGGUUUACCUUUAGAAUUAUACAUGUUGCAUUAAAAAAAAACACCUUUAUUUUUAUUUCUUCCUAAUCUGAGUGUAUCCGUCAAAUUAUAAAAAAACCCAUAAACAUAAAAAUCUCGCGCGCGCCCCCAAAAAGCGAGCAAGCUUGCGAGUUACUCAGAGCUCUUCUUCCAGCUGUUAAACAAAGCGGGGAGUGGCGAGUUGGUCUAAUGGGGAGGGGGGCAAAAUGGCGUCUGCAGGAUUUACUUUAAAGAUGCGAUGUGGGAGGCGAUUUUGGUCUUUGAUAGAUCAGGCUGUGCCCGGGGAAAGCGCCACCGCUUGGAUAAAAAAACACACCGCGGUUCUUCCCGCCUGCGAUUGCGCGCAGGUCCGAGAAAGAGAGAGGGACGGAGUUUGCAUUCUCAGAAACCUUAGUCCGAGAAAUAGACACACGGCAGAGUUUAGAUUAGCAAAGAUGGAAAUAAAUUUUAGGUUUAAAAAGAGAGAGAAAGGGGGGAAAUUGGAUUGUAUAUGCUGAAAAUGUUGAAACUUAGUAAAAAUAUAAUUGAAAGAGAGAGAGAGAGAGAGAGAGAGAAAGAAAGAAAGAGGCUCCAUGUUAGCCAGUUGUUAGUCUUACCUAGUAUAGAGAAUGAAGUCUUUCCUAGAAAAGGGAAGAAAAGAGUUCUUGAGAAGCUGAAAGCUUGCUCACUAUUUUUGUGAUGUUGCACCUUGUCCUAAUAAAAAUAAAGUAGUUCCUGGCUGAGGGUUUUCAAUUCCUUUUCAAUGGACCAGUUCUUUGGCUUUUGUGCAUCUUGCAGAAUGGCAGAAUCAGCUGUCCAGAAGUGGGUUUCUAUCCCCAAGGGGCUUUCUACCACCUGGGCAUGGGCCUUCUCAGUAAUUUGGGUGGCAAAUUGCUGUUUACAGUGACUGUAAAGUGUGACAUCGCUUUUGGUCUGGGAUGUAAGGAACAGAUCUGGUAAUCUUCCAUCUUUCAGCCACAGAGAGAUGGCCACUCCAUGAGUUAUCCUGUCCCAACUGGUAAACCUGUCUUACCUGGGAGCUCAAGGGUAGAACAGAUAGUUUUUUGGCAGAAGGUACCAGGUGUAAUCUUAGGUUUGCUCCAACAGGAAGGCAAGGACCUUGUAGCCAUUCCCAGCUUGAUCAGGAGGGGCCAAGGGCGUGACUCAGAGUAAGGAAGCUUCCUAGUGCAUCAGUGUUGGAGCAACUGGACCUGAGAAGGGGUUCAUUUCCUUCCUGAGCAUAAAUCACCCCAUGGAUGGGCUAAUCAAAUGUGCAAGGUCAGCCAAGCCAGUUGCUAUGAUAACAGCCCAGUGCACCAGGUAUAUCUGUGAUUAAUGAAUUUCAGCUCAGUUAGUGUUGGUCAGCGCGAGUCGGAGUCUCUUGCUUGUCCAGUGCUGUCUUGAAUUGCAGGAGUUUAUUUGGAGCUACAGAGAUACUUUGUACUUGUAUCUGUAUCUAUAUCCACAAAAGCUUAUAAGCUGUAUGUCCUGGAACUGUUACACUGAGCCUUAUCUUCUGCAGCUAUUUGGACUUUAAACUGCUUCCAUGUGGUGACUGGGACUUGGAGCAACUUCCACUGUCCGAGCAAUCAGUGCUGAAGCCAUUGAGAAUUUCGCCCCUUCCUUUCUUCUCACCAUGUGAAGUUAGCUAAUGGCAUGUCUGUUUUGGGGAUGCGAUGUCGCAUUGAACGUUUAUGCUUCUGAAAAUGUCCCCUCUCUCUUUGCUUCACCCUCCUUAGCCCCGCAGAGUGAAAAAAUGAUAUCCAAGUCUCAAAUGAGAUUGCCCCCACCUUCCAGGACAAGGCAAGAUGUUGCACAACAGCCAAACCAGGUAGGAGAUCCUCUGUAAGCUGAUUGGUGGGUGGGAGGAGAUGGGAGGGGGAAAGCAGGACCUAAUGCAAGGAGAGUCAACCAGGCAGGGAACAACCCAAUGCACGACUUGUUUCCUUCCUUCCUUUCUUCCAUCCCUCUCUCCUUGUGAAUGUAAAAAGGCCUCUUCUGGAUUGGAUGAAAAGAUCCAUCUAGUCUAGUAAGUGGGACAAUUUACGGCAGAAAUAACUUUUGGAAGAACAUUCCUACUAGAUCCACAGACUAGUUUACCCAGGACAACGGAUGGAGAUUUGCGUUUCUCAUUCACAGAGCAAGAAGUAUGGGCAUGUUUACAACCCACACUUUACAAUCUCCAUUAAUACAAAUCUUUCUUCUGUGUGUGGAUCUCCCUUUCUGGCGUGGGGCAUCUGGGGCAAGUCUAUGCAGGAAGCAGAUCACGUGGGGUGUGUGCGUGUGGAAAACUGAGCUUGCACCAGGACAGCCGCAUUUUGAAUGUCCUCCCCCGGCACAAAAUGUCCUGCACAUCAUACUGCAUGGACAUCUCACAGACUAGAACACGCCGGAUGACUAUGCUAAUUUUCUCUGCAUAGGGAGGGUAUUGUUACUGGUUUUGUUUUGUUUUGUUUUGUUUUCUGUAUGGAGGAGUAUUCUGAUCACCCACUGCAAUCUAAUUGGCACAUUCCAGAAACCUUUUUUUUUUUUUUAAUCACGCAACCUGGGGUUUUGCAUUUGGGGUUUGGGGCAGAAAAAAAUAUUGGCCUGUGUUGCUAGGGCUUUGGAGAGCAAUGCACAAGUAGAUGUGGCUUCAAGUGGUUUCUGUAAGUUGAGCUGAGUAAGAUACCCUCUGGGGUGGCUACUUUCUGUUCUGUGUCUGUGGCUGAGACUUUUGAAAGGGAUUCUAGAGUUGCAGAGUUCUAUCCUUUUGAAACACGGGUGGCACUGUGGCCUAAACCACUAAAUCCUAAAAUGUUAGGAUUUCCUCCUAAUUUAAUUAUUGUACACCACCUAGCCCUUAAGCUGCAUUAUAUUUAUAUUUUGAGAGGAGUCAGUGUUUGAUAUAGGGAUGCGAGUGGCGCUGUAGUCUAAACCACAGAGCCUAGGGCUUGCUGAUCAGAAGGUCGGCGGUUCGAAUCCCUGCGAUGAGGUGAGCUCCCGUUGCUCGGUCCCUGCUCCUGCCAACCUAGCAGUUCGAAAGCACGUCAAAGUGCAAGUAGAUAAAUAGGUACCACUCCAGCAGGAAGGUAAACAGCGUUUCUGUGCGCUGCUCUGGUUUCGCCAGAAGCGGCUUAGUCAUGCUGGCCACAUAACCUAGAAAAGCUGUCUGCAGACAAAUAUCGGCCCCCUCGGCCAGUAAGCGAGAUGAGCACUGCAACCCCAGAGUCGUUUGCGACUGGACUUAACUGUCAGGGGUCCUUUACAUUUACCUUAUCCUUUUGAAACCAUAUGUGGGAAAUGAGAUGAGGGUCUCUCUGUCUUCGCAGGGGCCGGUGGUGACCUUUGAAGAUGUGGCUGUAUAUUUCACGGAGAGCCAGGGGGUUCUGCUGGAUCCUGACCAAAGGGCCUUGUACAGGGAUGUCAUGUUGGAGAAUUAUGGGAACGUGGCCUCGUUGGGUAAGGAGCAUCUGUCUUCAUUACGAAACAGCUGAAUGUCUUCAGGGCAAAUAACGACUUUAUGUAUUUAUUAAUGUCCUAAUUUCUUAAGGUUUUUUAAGGUCAGAUUGCAUGAUAUACUUACCUUCUUGCAAUGUCACGGCAGGCUAUUCUGAGGGAAGACCAAGACAUUACAUUGUUCAUGCAUCUGCCCCAUUCUUUAGCAUCCUUUAGAUCAUUUAAGGCCGUACGCAUGGGGUCAGGGAUUUACAGGGCUUACUGACCACUGUAUAUUGAAAUGGGUUAGAAAUCCCGAGUAACACCGGUGCAAAAUGGCAGAGAUGGGCAUGGGAUUUUGGAGGAGCUCAGUUUUAAGGCAAACCACGUAGUGCAGGGGUCAGCAAACUUUUUCAGCAGGGGGCCGGUCCACUGUCCCUCAGACCUUGUGGGGGGCUGAACUAUAUUUUUUUUGGGGGGAAUGAAUGAAUUCCUAUGCCCCACAAAUAACCCAGAGAUGCAUUUUAAAUAAAAGCACACAUUCUACUCAUGUAAAAACACUCUGAUUCCCAGGCCGUCCACAGGCCAGAUUUGGAAGGUGAUUGGGCUGGAUCCGGCCCCCGGACCUUAGUUUGCCUACCCAUGACAUAGUGGGUAAACAAAUACAGUCAUACCUCAGGUUACAGACGCUUCAGGUUGCGUGUUUUCGGGUUGCGUACCGAGCCAAACCUGGAAGUACCAGAAUGGUUUACUUCCAAGUUUUGGUGCUCAAGCAUGCACAGAAGCGCCGAAUCGCAACCCACGUGUGUGCAGACGCGGUGCUGCGGGUUGUGAACAUGCCUCCUGCACGGAUCACGUUCGCAACCCGAGCGUCCACUGUACAAUAGCCAGCGUGCUGCCUAGGAAAAAGUCUUCUGACCUUUAAGUUACUGUAACAAUGCACAAUGCACAAACCAUAGUUAAAGCUAUGGUUUUCCCAGCAGUGAUGUGUGGAAGUGAGAGCUGGACCAUCAAGAAGGCUGAUCGGCAAAGAAUUGAUGCUUUUGAAUUAUGGUACUGGAGGAGACUCUUGAGAGUCCCAUGGACUGCAAGAAGAUCAAAGAUAUCCAUUCUUAAGGAAAUCAGCCCUGAGUGCUCACUGGAAGGACAGAUCCUGAAGCUGAGGCUCCAAUACUUUGGCCACCUCAUGAGAAGAGAAGACUCCCUGGAAAAGACUCUGAUGUUGGGAAAGAUGGAGGGCACAAGGAGAAGGGGACGACAGAGGACGAGAUGGCUGGACAGUGUUCUCGAAGCUACCAGCACAAGUUUGACCAAACUGCGGGAAGCAGUGGAAGACAGGAGUGCCUGGCGUGGUCUGGUCCAUGGGGUCACAAAGAGGCAGACACGACUAAACGACUAAACAACAACAACAGUGCACAGUGCAACCCGGAAAGGAAAGAAGAGGCGUUCAGGGAUAUUUGUUAAAAAAUAAUUUGCUGUUAUUUUUAUAGAUUCAGGAAAUUCAGCUAUGUAUUUGAUGGUGAGUUGUGUUAUGAAAGGUAGUUUUGGGGCUUGUUUUCCGGAGUCACUUUGUGGGGCUCCUAGGAUGAGUUUGCGGGGCUUGACCACAUCCUUAGACAUUUUCUGUUUUUCUUUCCUGGGAAGGAUCUCCAUUCGCCAAACCUGAACUUAUUUGCCAGCUGGAAAAGGGGGGAGAGCUCUGGGUGCCAGAUUCUCAGGACUUGGAUGAAACAGAGAGUUCCAGCUCCAACUCAGGUGAGGGGUUUUGGGAAACCAGGAGACCAAGACUCUUUCCACAUUUCUGGGAAAUCUGGCCAUUAUCCUUUUAAAAUGUUAGGAUUUCCUCCUAAUUUAAUUAUUGUACAACACCUAGCCCUUAAGCUGCAUUAUAUUUAUAUUUUGAUAGGAGUUAGUGUUUGAUAUAGUGACGCGGGUGGCGCUGUGGUCUAAACCACUGAGCCUAGGGCUUGCUGAUCAGAAAGUCAGUGGUUCAAAUCCCCACGACAGGGUGAGCUCCCGUUGCUCGGUCCCUGCUCCUGCCAACCUAGCAGUUUGAAAGCACAUCAAAGUGCAAGUAGAUAAAUAGGUACCGCUCCAGCGGGAAGGUAAAUGGUGUUUCCGUGCGCUGCUCUGGUUCGCCAGAAGCGGCUUAGUCAUGCUGGCCACAUGACCCGGAAGCUGUACGCCGGCUCCCUCGGCCAAUAAAGCGAGAUGAGCGCCGCAACCUUAGAGUCGUCCACAACUGGACCUAGCAGUCAGGAGUCCCUUUACCUUUACUAGUGUUUGAUAUACAGUGGAACCUCGGAAGCCAAACACUUUUGAACUCGAAUGUUUUGGCUCCUGAAUUAUUGAAAACUGAAGUGAUUGUUCCAGGUUUCAAACGUUUUUCGGAAGCCAAACAUCCGGUGUGGCUUCCACAGCUUCUGAUUGGCUGCAGGACACUCCUGCAGCCAAUCGGAAGCUGUGCCUUGGUUUUCGAACUGUUCUGGGAGUUGAACGGACUCCCAGAAUGGACUAAAUUGGAAAACCAAGGUACAGUCAUACCUCGGGUUGAAUGUGCUUUGGGUUGAGCGCGUUCGAGUUGCGCUAGGUGGCAACCCAGAAGUAACGGAGCGCGUUACUUCCGGGUUUCUCCGCUUGCACAUGCGCAGACGCUCAAAAUGACAUCACGCGCAUGCGCGGAAGCGGGGAAAAGCGGCGCGUGCAUGCGCAGACGUGCCGUCGCUAGUUACGUUUGCUUCUAGAUACGAACAGGGCUCCUGAACGGAUCCCGUUCAUAUCCAGAGGUACCACUGUACAACUGUACUGGCAUUGUGGGGAGAAGGAAGAUGUGGGCGUUGAUGGGCCUCUUCUUGACUUUAUGUUAGUAGCUGAAUUUCCACCUUCUAACUCUUAACAUGUUUCAAUCUUCUUUAUCCUCCAAAAUAAAUAUUUUUCUUACUAUUUCCCCCAUAUCUCAGCAGGUCUGUGCAAUCAAAAGAAUUUAUAUUUCACGUGGGGGUUGCAGUUAACGCAGAUAUCUGCCCUUGCCAAUCGCCAGCAAAAGAUGGAAGGAGAGAAACUGAACAAAUGCAUGGACUGUGGAAAGCGCUUUGCUCGGAAAUCAAAGCUCGUGGAGCACCAGAGAGUCCACACAGGAGAAAAACCGUACCAAUGCUUCGAGUGUGGGAAACGUUUCGCUUGGAAAUGGCCGCUUGUGAUACACCAGAGAGUCCACACGGGAGAGAAACCUCACCAAUGCUUGGAGUGUGGGAUGCGCUUUGCUGAAAAGCCAAAACUCAACAGGCACCAGAGUAUCCACACUGGAGAGAAGCCGUAUAAGUGCUCCGAAUGUGGCAAAACGUUUGCUCAGAAAUCGUACCUCAUGAUGCACCAGCGAAUCCACACGGGAGAGAAGCCAUUUCAGUGCUUGGAUUGCGGCAAAGGCUUUGCCCACAAAUCGAAACUUGUGAGCCACCAGAGGGUUCACACCGGAGAGAAAGCGCACAAGUGCUUGGAAUGCGGCAGAUGUUUUGCUCACAAAUCGUACCUCGUGAUGCACCGCCGAACCCACACUGGAGAGAAACCUUUCGAAUGCGUGGACUGCGAGAAGUCCUUUGCCCAGAAAUCACACCUCACGAUCCACCGCCGAACCCACACGGGAGAGAAACCUUUCAAAUGCCUGACGUGUGGGAAAUGCUUUGCCGAUUCCUCUGCCUUUACGGGACACCAGAGGGUCCACACCGGCGAGAAAACCUACAAAUGCGCACAGUGUGGGAAGUGUUUUGCUUGGAAAUCAAACCUCACUCUGCACCAGAGAAGCCACGCGACCGAGGAAGCGUGCAAAUGCUCCGAGUGCGGGAAAUGUUUUGCUCGGAAAUCGCACCUCCGCAGCCACGAGAGAGUCCACAGAGGAGAGAAACUGUACAAAUGUUUGGAGUGUGGGAAAUGCUUCUCCUGGAAGUUGCAUCUCGCGAACCACCAGAGAGUCCACGGGGGAAAGAAGCCACAUAAGUGUUUGGAGUGUGGGAAGUGCUUUGGUCAGAAAUCGCACCUCACAAUCCACAAAAGCGUUCACACGGGAGAGAAGCCCUUUAAAUGUUUGGAGUGCGGGAAAUGUUUUAAUCUCAAGUCCCGUCUUGUGGAACAUCAAAGAAUCCACACGGGAGAGAAACCCUACACAUGCAAAGCGUGCGGGAAGGCUUUUGCUAACAAAUCAAAUCUCCAGACACACCUGAGAGUCCAUACAGGGGAAAAGCCGUUCAAAUGCCUGGAGUGUGGGAAGUGUUUCACUGUGAAAUCUAGUCUCGUGAAGCACCACAGGACCCACACAGGAGAGAAACCUUAUAAAUGUGUGGAGUGUGGGAAAUGUUUUGCUUGCAAAUCGCAGUACGUGAUGCACCAGAGGAUCCACACGGGAGAGAAACCCUUUAAAUGCACAGAGUGCGGGAAAUGUUUUGCUCGGACGUCGUACCUCAAAAACCACCAGAGACUUCACACUGGGAAGAAGCCGUAUAAGUGCUUAAAGUGUAGGGAAUGUUUUUCUUUGAAAUCAGCCCUUCUCAGACACCAGGCAGCUCACACAGAUGACGGACCUCAUGAAUAUUCAUCCCAGUAGAGAUUCUUCACACCUGAGAACACCAGGUAAGACAUUGUUACAUUUAUUUCCACAUGUUAUAAUUUUGACUGGCCUAAUUAUGUCUAUGGGGCAGAGAUUCUCCACUGCUGAGCAGAUCAAUACGACCUGCCUUAAAUGAUCAUUCUUCUUUAAUUUAUUGAUUAAUUGAUUGAUUAGUUUCAUUUCUAUACCAUUCUUCAUCCGAAGAUCACAGGAUGGUUUGCAAUAUAAAAACACAAAAGGACAUAACAUAGUAACAAAGUCAAACAAUACCCUUCCCCCCCCCCACAAAAAGUAGUUUAAAAGGCCAUUGUUGUUGUUUAGUCAUUUAGUCGUGUCCGACUCUUCAUGACCCCAUGGACCAGAGCACACCAGGCACUCCUGUCUUCCACUGCCUCCCACAGUUUGGUCAAACUCAUGCUGGUAGCUUCGAGAACACUGUCCAACCAUCUCGUCCUCUGUCGUCCCCUUCUCCUUGUGCCCUCCAUCUUUCCCAACAUCAGGGUCUUUUCCAGGGAGUCUUCUCUUCUCAUGAGGUGGCUAAAGUACUGGAGCCUCAGCUUCAGGAUCUGUCCUUCCAGUGAGCACUCAGGGCUGAUUUCCUUCAGAAUGGAGAGGUUUGAUCUUCUUGCAGUCCAUGGGACUCUCAAGAGUCUCCUCCAGCACCAUAAUUCAAAAGCAUCAAUUCUUCGGUGAUCAGCCUUCUUUAUGGUCCAGCUCCCACUUCCAUACAUCACUACUGGGAAAACUUUAACUAUACAGACCUUUGUUGGCAAGGUGAUGUCUCUGCUUUUAAAAGGUCACAGAUUGUUUAAUUAGUCAAAGGCCAAAAUUAACCCGAUGAGCUAGUUUACUUCAUGAAGAGAAGGUUUUUUCUUUCUUUCUUCUUUUUUUACAUGGGGAAAUAUUUUUGGCUGACUCUCCUCCCAUGUCCUCAGUCUGAAGCAGUACAGUCUAGGAUUCUAAUCUUCAUUCUGUAGAAUGGGAAGAUCAGGUUUAGCUUGAAAUGUUUACCUAUUAUUUAUUUAUUUAUUAAAUUUCUACACCGUCCCUCAUCUGAAGUUGAUAGGGCGGUUUGCAAUAUAAAAACACAGCCAUUUAUAGUGUAAUAAAAAUCAAAAACAGUUCCUACCCCCACCCCCCAAUUUAAAAGGCCAUAGAUUAUUUAAUUAGCCAAAGGCCUGGGAGGAAAAUAAUGUUUUUGCCUCAACCUAAAAGAUAUGUAACGAGGGUGCCAGGCAAGCCUCUCUGGGGAGAGCAUUCCACAAGUGGGGAGCCACUGGAAAAAAGGCCCCGUUCUCGUGUUGCCACCCUCUGGACCUCUCGCAGAGGAGGCACACAAAGAAGGGCCUCAGAUGAUGAACACAGGGUCUGGGGAGAGUCAGACCUUGAGGUACUGUAGCUCUGAGUCAUUCAAGGCUUUAUGAGUCAAAACCAGCACUUUGAAUCGGGCCCGGAAACUAAUUGGCAACCAAUGUAGUUGGGCCAGGAUUGGCAUUAUAUAUAUACAUAAAUUAGAUUAUGUUUUUUAUUAUUUUUCAAUUACAAUAAUCUAAUAGUAGCCUCAUUAUAACAAUGCCAAAUUAUAAUACAAUUACUAAUACCAAUCAUUCAGAUACCAAAUUAUAUAAUUUAGGUGCCCCCCGGCAUGCUAGAAUUAAUGGUUUGAUAAUUUACUUUAUUUCUGCAUUCCAAAAUCUUAUUAAUUUCAAUUACACCCCAGUCCAAAUAACAAUCCCUUAUACAACAACCGCAAUGUUAACGACUUCCGUUCGUAUUAAAUGAUUUAUAAAGCUACAGGGGAAGCGUUCAAGCUAUAUCCUUGUUCUUCCUGUGUGUGGCAAUUAUUCUGUCCGUGUUGUUUCUUGUAAAAUAUUAUGUCUGUCUUUUCAGAGGCAGACCUUUGUAUAACGUGUUGCAGUAAUCUAAUUCUCUUUCUAUUUCUUCACCCCAGCAUCUUAUCCUAGAGAAAUGCUCUUCUGCAAAGUCCAUGGGAGCACUGAGUUUUGGGAGAAGAUAGAGAAGUCACUUGAGAAAGAAUAUUGUCUGAGGAAACAGGCUUUGCCAAAAAGAUGGUUGAUAAUGUAUGCCACAACAGCAGCAAGAAUACUUAUUGCAAAGUAUUGGAAGACACAAGAUCUACCCACUCUGGAAGAAUGGCAGAUGAAGGUGAUGGACUACAUGGAACUGGCGGAAAUGACUGGCAGGAUCCGAGACCAGGGAGAAGAGUCGGUGGAAGAAGAUUGGAAGAAAUUUAAAGACUAUUUACAGAAAUAUUGCAAAAUUAAUGAAUGUUAG